GUGGAUAGAUAUUGAUGUUUAGAUCUUUUUUAAAUUUAUCCAUUACAAAUAAGCCCUCUCUCCAAGCCCCAUCAUGCCCCAACCACACACUCAUUAUCCCAUUUCUUCAUGGCUGGUUGCUGCAAGGAGGUCUUUUUCCAUCUAAAAGUGGUAAAAGAAACAAAGCAAGAAGGGUUAUACGAAACUAGCGUCGGGGGUUUGACAAGAUGUUGCUCUGGUCUAUAUAAGCUAUGCAAACAAGGAAGAAGGUAGCGAUGGAAAAUGGGAGCCAAGGGGAUCUCGAGGGAGAAUGUGGAUCUGGACCAUGAGCAACCAGACAGGAUCAAGAAGCCCAAGAGGAAUAAGUAUGCUCUUGCCUGUGCUUUUCUUGCUUCCAUGGCCUCCGUACUACUCGGCUAUGACACUGGUGUGAUGAGCGGAGCGGCGAUGUUCAUCAAGGAUGACCUCAACAUCAAUGACAUCCAAGUUGAGAUACUCGUCGGUUCCAUCAACAUAUAUGCCCUCAUCGGUUCUGCUUUUGCCGGUUGGACCUCUGACUGGAUUGGCCGCCGCAAAACCAUUGCCUUUGCUGGAGCCAUCUUCUUUGUCGGCUCCGUUAUAAUGGGUUUUGCUCCCAAUUAUGCUUUACUAACGGCUGGUCGUGUCGUGGCCGGGAUCGGUGUCGGUUAUGCACUAAUGAUAGCACCUGUGUACACUACUGAGGUAGCACCUACAUCGAUCCGUGGUUUUCUGACUUCUUUUCCUGAGAUUUUCAUAAAUGGGGGCGUUUUGUUGGGAUAUGUUUCAAAUUUUGCGUUUGCGGAUCUGUCGUUGCAACUGAGCUGGCGGAUGAUGCUUGGGGUGGGGGUGGUACCAUCGGUGUUUCUAAUAGUGGGGGGGCUGGUGAUGCCGGAGUCGCCGAGGUGGCUCAUUAUGCAGGGGAAGCUCGGAGCUGCGAUGAAGGUUUUGCUCAAGACCUCGGAUUCACCAGAUGAAGCGCAACUCCGCCUCUCCGAAAUUAAGCUCUCGGCUGGGAUCCCUAAUGACACUGAUGGGGAGAUUGUAUCUGUGCCAAAACGUCACGAUGGUGAGGGUGUUUGGAAGGAGCUCAUCCUACAUCCCACCCCAGCCAUCCGCCGCAUCCUAAUUGUAGCUAUAGGCAUGCAUUUCUUCCAGCAAGCCUCCGGCAUUGAUGCAGUUGUUCUGUAUAGCCCUCGGGUUUUCCGACAGGCCGGAAUAAAGAAAAAAAAUCAUCUCCUUGGAGCCACAAUUGCUGUUGGAGCCUCAAAGACCUUCAGUGUUCUAAUAGCCACUUUCCUCUUGGAUAGAAUGGGUCGGAGGCCACUGCUUUUUAUUAGUUUAGGAGGAAUGAUAAUUUCUGUAUGUGGUCUUGGCUUUGGCUUAACCAUGAUAGCACACACUGAUGAGAAGUUAGAAUGGGCCAUUACUCUAUGCAUAGUGACAAUUCUUCUAUAUGUUGCAUUUUUCGAAGUCGGUCUAGGACCAAUAGCUUGGGUUUACACUUCGGAGAUAUUUCCUCUAAGGCUUCGGGCUACAGGGGUUAGCAUCGGGGUCGCAGUGAACCGCUUGAUGAGCGGUGUGAAUGGAAUGACCUUCAUAUCUCUUUAUAAGGCGAUCACCGUAGGAGGGGCAUUCUUCUUGUUUGCAGGGAUUUGUUUUCUUGCAUUCUUGUUCAUCUUUUUCUUCUUGCCUGAGACCAACGGCCGAACACUCGAGGAAGUGAGUGAUUUGUUUGCAAAGAAAACGACAACACUACUGCUGUCUCAGCAUGCGGCAGCCGGGGAGGCCAACCGACCGGUCGAACCUGCAAAUGGUAAUAGUAGAUAAAUACUAGAUGAUAUCAAAUGCACCGUGGUGAGAAUCUAACCUCCAACCUGGGCUAGAAGAAGGUGAAGGUGAGAAUACUAGCUCUUAGGUGGUUUUGACACUAAUAAGGGUUACUAUAUAUGAACAGGAACUAUGAACCCUGUUGAGUUUAUGUCAAAGUCUGAUUCCCAAUUCUCCAAAGAUAAGAGUAAACUUCAGAAGAUAGGAGGAUCCAUGGAAAAUGGAACACAACAGAAGCAUGAGGUGAUAUGGGAAUAGAAAGGUUUAAUGUUGUAGUAAAAGACUAAAUGGUUAUGUAAUUGCUGAGAAGCAAUGACCAUUUUGAGCAUUUUGUGUGAAACAAGUUUGCAUCACUUAUAUAUCUAUCAUUCUUUCUAUUUUCUUUUC